AUGUCAUUCAUACUCUCACCUUUUCGAAGCGCAGCCUGCAGCCGCGUAUGUGCCUCCUCCAGUAUCGGCACCCGGGCAUUCAGCACAGCUCGACCAUCGCAACUGGCGCGUCUCACCCUUGUUGGGCGCCUAGGCACCGACCCUGAGAUAACCACCACCAGCAGCGGCAACGAAGUCAUCAAGUACGUUGUGGGUACCUCAUAUGGACCAAGAGAGAACAGACAGACAUCCUGGUUUCGCGUCGCGAGUUUUGCAGAGAAGCAGAGUCCGAUAAGGGAGAAAAUCAUGGGAUUAUCUAAAGGAACGCUGGUUUACCUGGAAGGUGAUGCAACUAUGAGGAGCUACGAGGACAGUGAGGGCCGAAAGCAGAGUCAGUUAAGUUUGGUGCAGACGAAAGUGGAGAUCCUAAAGAGGCCAUCGCCUGUAGCAAGUGAAGCAGCUGGACAAGCUGAGUAA